AUGAUGUACAUUUACUUUAUUUGUUUUAUCUUCUUUGUGCAUUUGGUAGCUCAGUUCACAGUGAUUGGACCUGAUCACCCUGUCACUGCCAUUGUGGGUGAGGACACUGUGUUACCCUGUCACCUGUCCCCCAGGAUGAGCGCUGAGAACAUGGAGGUGAGAUGGUUCCGAUCUGAGUUCACUAGGUUUGUGCACCUGUAUCAGCAUGGAAAGGAUGAGUAUGAGCAGCAGAUGCCAGAAUAUCAUGAAAGGACAGAGCUUUUGAAAGCCGGCAUCAUGGAUGGGAAUGUUGCCUUGAGGAUUGUAAAUGUCAGACCCUCUGAUGAAGGACAGUACCGCUGUUUUGUUCAAGAUGGUGUCUUUCAUGAAGAAGCUCUAUUGGAACUGAAGGUAGAAGCUUCAGGCUCUCCACCUCAAAUCUCUGUUGAGGGUUAUCAGGAUGGAGGGAUCCGAAUGGUGUGUCAGUUGGCUGGAUGGUACCCAGAGCCCGAGGUGCUGUGGAGAGAUCGCAGUGGGCAGCUUUUAUCUUCCUCUACUAAAACAAAAUCCAAAGAUGGACGUGGGCUCUUUGAAAUAAAAAGUUCUAUCAUUAUAACAGAAAAUUCAAACCAGAAUGUAUCCUGUUCUAUAAGGAAUGCUUACUUCAACCUAGAAAAGGAACCCUCAACCUUUUAUAUAUCAGAUUCCUUUUUCCCAAGAAUGUCUCCUUGGCUGGUGGUUUGGAGUGUGACUCUGGUGAUUUCAUUGGUGUUCAUCAGCCUUACUCUUUUUCUCUUCAAAUUAAGAGGGAAACAUCUCGACACUAUCAGUAAACUUCAAGUAGACCUAGAGUGGAGGAGAUCCCUAAGCGAUACAGUGAUGGUGACUGUGACUCUGGAUCCAGACACGGCUCAUCCCCAACUCGUACUGUCUGAGGAUCGGAAAAGUGUGAGACGGGGAGAGAAACGGCAGCAACUGACCAACAACCCUGAGAGAUUUGACACUGAGCCCUGUGUGCUGGGCUGUGAGGGAUUCACCUCAGGGAGACAUUGCUGGGAGGUGGAGGUGGGGGGUUGGGGAUACUGGGCUGUGGGGGUAGCCAGAGAGUCUGUGAGGAGGAAGGGAUGGAUCAGCCUUAGCCCUGAGGGGGGGAUCUGGGCUGUGGAGUGCUGGUGGGGGGGUCAGUUCCAGGCUCUCACCUCCCCGGUGACCCCCCUGCCCCGGCGCCGGGCCCCCAGCAGGAUCCGGGUUUGUCUGGACUGUGACCGGGGGCAGGUGACAUUUAUCAAUGCUGGUGACGAGGCCCCGAUCUUCACUUUCCCACCAGGCUCCGUCCCUGGGGAGAGAAUCCGACCCUGGUUCUGGCUCGGGGGGGGAUCCCGGCUCCGACUGUGUCCCUGAGACACACAGCAGAGGGGGAACCGGAAAUCAGCCUCUCUAGCCUCAUGAACCCAGUCUCUAUGAUCUUGGAGGACUCUCAUCUACCCAGCCCCUGGCUCCUCAUCUCUAUGACCUGUGGAAGCUCCUCCCCCACUCCCUGGGGGCUGGGCAGGGGCUAGUGCUAACAGCCGGGCUGGGGACAGGCAGAGGCACUGGCCGGGCAGGGACACAGAAUUAAUCAAUCCGGGUUUGGGGGUUGGGGAGCAGCUGGAAGCUCCAAGGAGCAUUUUGUGCAGAUCUGUGGGGUUAGAACUCACUGGGGCAGCAAGAGGGGAAGGGAUAAGAUCAGGGAAAGAAUGGAGCAGCCACGGGUGAUGAUCUGUGGGAGGGAGGAGAGGAGAGUGGAAGAGACACAGGAAACUAAACAGGGAUCAAAAGUGAGGGCUAGAAAAAUGCUGAGUCUGGUCCUUGCCCAGGUACACCACAGAACAGGUCAGACUGACCCAGGUCAGCACCGCCCAGGGGUUAGUUUUGCUGCAAUCCAGUGUAAUCCCAGUGGUAUUUGGCAUGGACCUGAGCUCUUUGGAGCCCUUUUGUGUGUGGAUUCAAGGUGCUUAGGGUCCAUGCAGCAUUUAGCACAGUGACCUCCUCUAGUGCAGGCCGGCAUCUGAGUUUAAUCCUUGAUGGACCAAAAAGGGAAUUCAGAAUCCCGGUGAGAAAUCUCAUCUCUCUUCUGGGCCUGGGGUGUUUAUCAAGGAAUCUUUCCUUCCUAAUGGCCACACUUCCUCACUGCACAGUGCUGCUGUGGGGGUGGCAGCCUGGUCUAGCGGUUCAGGCACUGGACUGGGCCUUUGGAUAUCUUGGUUGUAUUCCCAAUUCUGCCACUGACAUGCUGCAUGACCUUGGAAAAGUCACUGCCCUCAGUUUCCCUUCCCUACCCUUUAUCUGUGUUGUCUACUUUGUCUGCAAUCUGCUCAAGGUGGGCAUUGUCCCUCAUUGUCUUUUAUGCAGGGCUCAGAUCUCAUUUGAGGGCUGUGGGGACUGCUGUGAACCAAAUAAAACUAAUAAGUUCUAUGAUACAAAUCAGUAACCACAUCAACAGCUUGUAACUUCCCCAUCUCCAGCCCGAAGGCAGCACUCUCAGAUAGAUCAGCCUGCAGCUCUUGUGAUUUAAGCCUCACUGAUCAUUUAACAGCUUCUGUUCUGUAAAAAGCACAGAUGCCAACUUUCCAAUGUGCCGGUAGAGGGAGAGGGGUUCGCCCUGCCCCUACUCCACCCCUUUCCCCAAGGACCCACCCCAACUCUACUCCCACCAUUCUGCGCUGUCCCCUGAGGGCGCCACUCCUUACUCCUCCUCUCCUGCCAAAGCCCCCACAGCUGAGCUCAACAGCCAGGAGGCACUGAUCAGCAGGGCCUGCCUACAGAACCCACGCGGUCGGCACCUAUGAUAAAAAAGUUCCCUUAUUUCACAGUGGAAGCUGGUUUUGACAAGGAUUCAGCUUUUCAGAUAAGUCUUCCAUGUCAGGUAUAUUUAGAGGCUAUUUUUUGCCCUUCUUGCCACUAUGACAGAUCACUUACUUUUCAAUAGUAUCUGCCGUAUAAUGAAGGCUUUGGAGAGCUGAAUGAUGCAGAUACAGUUGUAACAGGCAACUUCCACUGAAAUGAACCUUGUACCUAAAAUCCAAAGUUAUUACCCAUUCAAUUUGACAGCAAUUCCCUACCUUGUACUUCUGGACAGCUUCCUCUAUAGGAACCACCAUGUGAGCUCUGUGCACCUGGGAUCUGUCACACACCACACAGAUGGGGGUUUGAUCCUCUUCACAGAACAGUUUCAGAGCCUCCUGGUGUCUCUCACACACCCCAUCCGCUCCUGCUCCUUUCGUUGCCUGAGAAGUCAGCCAUUUGGCUAUUUCUACAUUUGCCAGCUGCCUGUUGGGCCUGAGGUUUCUCUGUUGCACAGUUUCUCUGCACUGAGGGCAGGAGGCGGCUGUAUCGGAUCCCUCCCAGCACUGGCUGAUACAGGCUCAGCAGAAUUGUGCCCACACUCCAGAGCAGAGGUGGGCAAACUACGGCCCGUGGGCUGGAUCCAGACCAUCAGGGCUUUGUAUCCGGCCCAUGGGAUUGCUCCCCGUGGUGCCGCAGGCCCUGCACCGCUCUCAGAAGCGGCCAGCACCAUGUCCCUGGGGCCCAGGAUGGGCAUCAGAGGGCUCCGUGCAUUUCCCUUGCCUCCAGGCACCGCCCCCUGCAGCCCCCAUUGGCCGGGAAUGGGGAACUGUGGCCAAUGGGAGCUUCGGGGGAGGUAUCUGGAAGUAUGGCAAAGGCAGCGCGCAGAGCCCUAUGCCCCGACCCUUCCCCAGGGUCUGCACAGGGAUGUGGUUCCGGCCACUUUCCAGCGCGGCGUGGGGCCAGGGCAGGCAGGCAGGCAGGGAGCCUGCCCUGGCCCUGGUGUGCGCUACUGCCACCCCUUAAGAAUCUAGGUGAUGGGAUAAGGGGGUGUGAUUGUUGCAGAGCCCUAGAGGGCAGGGGUCUUCACAGAGAAUGGCUGACACUCUGUCUGCUGGCAAUUGAUAGCCUGGGCCCCUCCCCUGCAAGGGUGU